UUUUUCGGGUGAACAAGUUACCUGUUGCCGUGAGAUCUGUCCGCGCCCCCGCCCUCAGUUUCGGCUCUCGUCCCCUCCCACUCCGGUCCCGUCCUCGUCGCUGUUCGUCAAGACUCGUGCCGCUGCUGCCAGUUUUCCUCUCAACCGCACAGGCUACAAGCUGUCCACCUCGUUGCCGGAGCCCCGGCCUUCCACCGCAACAGCAUCAUCGCCGUUGAGCCCUUUCUCCAGCACUGCGCCGCCCUGCCGUUGAGCAGCAGAAUCGUGCUAUGUUUUUCUUCACUACCAAAUCCAAUCAACUGAAGAGCAGCUUUGUAUAGCCUGACGUCGCAAAAAAAAAGCUUUGUAUAGCCUGAUGGCUGUGGAGAGAGACAUCUUUGGUAUCUCAGGGCCGACAUAUCUUAAUCCUGUCAAUUGGAAUUGCGAGAAUAAUAGGAGAUCUGUGGCUGCCUGUUUAGUUCAGGCUGUGUAUGUUUUGGAGAGAGACCGGCAACUAAAUCGUCAAUCUAUUGACGCCGCAGCACCUCCUUGGUGGGAGUUCUUCCAUUUUGAGAUGAUCCGCAAGCUUGUCGAUGAUGUUGACUUGUCUAUAUUCGGUGUAAUAUUUGAAUUCAACCCUCCUUCAAGUAAAGAAGCUUCUGCCAAGGGUGCCCCUAGAUUUGUCAUUGCCUUCAGAGGCACCAUAACUGAGAAGGAAACCAUUUCUAGAGAUCUUUCCCUUGACCUCCAGCUUGUUCAAAAUGGUCUCCAUAAGACCUCAAGAUUUACAAUUGCGAUGCAAGCUGUUCAAAAUGUAGCCUCAGUUUUCCCUGGAUCCCCGAUUUGGCUAGCUGGUCAUUCACUGGGUGCAGGUACGGCUAUCCUUACUGGAAGGAACAUGGUUAAGAAGGGCGCUCUUUUGGAUAGUUUUCUCUUCAAUCCACCUUUUGUCGCUGCUCCGAUAGAGGGAAUCAGGGAUGAGAGGGUAAAGCAUGGUUUCCGCGUUGCAAGAAGUGUUAUUACCGCGGGACUAACAAUUGCAAUGAAAUCAAAAACCGAGGGGAACAAUCAGAGGUCUGUUGCUGAAGAAUCAUUCAACAUUUUGUCAUCAUGGACGCCAUAUCUGUUUGUUAAUCCAGGAGACCAUGUAUGUUCGGAGUACAUUGGGUACUUCCAGCAUCGUCAAAACAUGGAGGAUCUUGGUGCUGGAUUUAUUGAGAAGCUUGCGACCCAAAAUUCAAUCGGAGACCUGUUUUACAAGGCAUUAGGGUGGGAAUCAGAACCACUGCACCUUCUUCCAUCUGCAGACUUGAUUGUAAACGUGAGCCCUUCACCGGACUUCAAAUAUGCCCAUGGCAUUAGCCAAUGGUGGCAACCCGAUCUGAACUUGCAAUGCAAAAAAUAUCGGUACUCUUAGGUAUGCGAUGGUAAAGUGAAGAUAUAUUUGCAGUAUCAUAUACUCCAGCUGUUCUUUCAAUCUCUCCAUUUGUUGAUAUGAUUCAUUCAGUUUGCAUUUAUCAGUUAGUAUACUGUGACAUACUAUUAUUUAACACCUAUGGACUGCAUUGACGGCCUGGACAAAAUAUGUUGAUUUCCUAAGGAGAUGUUCAGACAUCAUGCAUCUGUAACCCUGUACUGUAUGUUAUGAUUAUCUUUGUGAUUAUUGAACAAAUAAUCUGUCUACAUGCCUGUUUGAUAUA